CGCCGCAGUCCACCUGGUUUGCGAGUCUGGUGGUUGCAACUUCUCCGCGAGCCGGCUGCUUGGUUGCCGCCACCUCUCAGGUCCGGAGGCUCGUGGCGUCACAGGCUCUCGACAUGUCAAUGCUGGCUGAGCGAGUGGUGGCUGUAACGCCGCGUCCUGCUUCAGUUUGCUUCUGACAUCACCACUUUGUGAAGUUCAUCAAUUCCCUCCCUCUGGAGAGGCUAUUUGACUUCUGAGCGCCCCAGUUAGAAUCCCUGGCAGGCACCGCUGUGGAGAGACAUGAAUGCUGACACAUACCAGUAAGCAGCCUUACAAAGAGAACAUGGCUAAGAAAGCUCAUAUCUGGUCGGCGGAAGCAGAAGUGGGCUGUGGAUCCGAGAAACACUGCCUGGAGCAAUGAUGAUUCCAAGUUUGGCCAGAGGAUGCUAGAGAAGAUGGGGUGGUCUAAAGGAAAGGGUUUAGGGGCUCAGGAGCAAGGAGCCACAGAUCAUAUUAAAGUUCAAGUUAAAAAUAACCACCUGGGACUUGGAGCUACAAUCAAUAAUGAAGAUAACUGGAUUGCUCAUCAGGAUGAUUUUAACCAGCUUCUGGCUGAGCUGAACACUUGCCAUGGGCAAGAAACAGCAGACUCCUCAGACAACAAAGAAAAGAAAACUUUCAGCCUUGAAGAAAAGUCCAAGAUCUCCAAAAACCGUGUUCAUUAUAUGAAAUUCACAAAAGGGAAGGAUCUGUCAUCUCGGAGCAAAACAGAUCUUGACUGCAUUUUUGGGAAAAGACAGAGUAAGAAGACUCCUGAGGAUGAUUCCAGCCCUGCCACUCCAGAUGGGAAUGCACCCUCCACUACAACAACCAGUGCCUUCACCAUCCAGGAGUACUUUGCCAAGCGGAUGGCAGAGCUAAAGAAUAAGCCACAGGUCAUAGCUGCAGGGCCUGACCUCACAGAGACCCAAAUGGAAAGAAAAAGGGGAAAGAAAAGAAAGAAGGAGGCAAAAGAUAAAAAUGUGGAGAAUUACACCGAACCCAAGGCCAAGAAGAAGAGAGACCAAGUUGAAUGGCAGCUCAGUGACCCUUGUUGGGACGAGAAUUCUGGUGUUUCUGCUGAGGAUGGAGAGGAUUGUGUGUGGCCGCCUGAUGACCAGGACAUUGCCCCAAAGCCCAAAAAAAGGAAACAAAAGAAAAAGCUACAAAAGCAAGUUGAGGUAGCAGUGGAUGCUAUAUUAGAUGAAAUACCAGUGAAAAAGAAGAAGAAAGGUCCCAAAUAAGUUCUCCAGAGCCAGGGCCUUCCAGCCACUCAGAUGUCAGGGCACCACGAGCAAACACCUUUGGCCUGAAGUCAGAACAGAGUUCACCCAAGAGGGCUUUGACAUGCCCAGGGGUUGCUGAGUCUCGCCCUCUCACCACGUUUUUCCCAGCGUUUAUCCAGAGAACUUUCUAAUGUUCCAAAUCAUGGCUCUCAUAAACAAAUAAAUUUCUUUUUAGACUGUGA